GCGUCGCUGAGCGGGCGAGGGAUGGCACCGGAAAAGUUGUGUGUGCUGGAGAAGGGGCCCUCGGGCUAUGGCUUCCACCUGCACAGUGAGAAGAACCGACCCGGGCAGUACGUUAAGCUGGUGGAGCCCGGCUCGCCCGCGGACAAAGCCGGACUCAAGGCGGGUGACAGGCUGAUCCGGGUGUGCGGGGAGGACGUGAGGGAGCUGGGGCACCAGCAGGUGGUCGGCAAGAUCCGGGCGGCCACGGAGCAGCUCACCCUGGAGGUGCAGGGACCCGAGGAACAAGCAGAAGACACUUCCCAGAUCGAUAAACAGCCGGCGGCGUCCAACAAUGAGCAGCUCUCGCAAGUUGAUGCGCCAGAUCGAAAAUUUAAAGACGCGCUGCAGGAGAAAGUCUGCAGGCUACCGCUUCCCUCUGCUACGCGCCGCUUUGCAUGCAACACAAGAAAUUUAGUGGUUGUCACUGGGACAGGAAUGCACCAGCAGCAAUUAAAGGUCCUCCCAAUCGAGAAGAAGGAAUUUCGCCCAAGGCUUUGCAUCAUGAAGAAAGGACCAAAUGGCUAUGGAUUUAACCUACACAGUGACAAAAGUCAACCAGGGCAGUACAUCCGGGCUGUAGAUCCUGAUUCACCCGCUGAGCUGGCUGGACUUUUGCCAAAGGAUCGCAUCAUUGAGGUGAAUGGUGAGAGCAUGCUGGGCAAACAGCAUGGAGAGGUGGUGCUUGCCAUCAAGGCCGCGGGUGAAGAAGCAACUAUGUUGGUGGUGGAUCCCGAGACAGAGCUUUACUUCCAAGAGUGUCAUGUGACCCCAGGACGGGAACACCUGUCAGGUCCUUUACCAGAUAAAGUGGUUAAUGGGGGCCUCGAAAAGGAGAACAAGCCAGAGCAUUUGGAGAAUGAUAGUCCCCGAGAUUCGUUGAUAUCCAAUCCAGAACCAGAGCCACUAGAAAACCCACCUCAAUUGGAGGCACAGAAGGUUUCGGAUUCUGCCCCAGUACCUGCCUCAGACCCCAUCCCAAGCAUUGAAACACUUGACCUUAAUGUGUCCCUGGCAGCAGCCAAGGAGCGAGCCCACCAGAAGCGAUCGCAGAAAAAGGCACCCACCAUGGACUGGAACAAAAGGAAAGAAGUAUUUGGCAGCCUGUGAGAAGACCAAGGGACUGAUGCGGACCCCAUGUCUGUACCUCGAAAUCUUCCUGUGAUAUUAAUCAACAGCCACGCCCAGCAAUCCCAUAUUUCCUGUUUUGUGUCACCAGCGAUCUACCAGAACUGUGGGGUGAUUGCCAGCCAGUUGAUGCAGUUUAUUUAUUCUUGUUUAGCCUGUGAAUCCGUCCACUGCUAUCCAGAAAUUGAGAUGGCGUUGGUGCCUAUGUGGGAUCGUACAGCAAUAAUGCUCCGAGCCAGUCUUACAAGGAGC